AAUCCCCUAAAAUUGAGGCGCGUAUUUAGAUUCGUUAUUUGUUAUUGGUACGACUGGUACGUAAUCUGUCAAAAAAAAUAUAAUGUUUACGUACCUGUUGCGCUUGGCAUAGUGUUUACAAACAAACAUAUUUUAAAAGAUUUUUGCGCUAUGUCUGUGCAAUUGAUGUGCCUCACCUCAGGUGGAGGUUUGCCAAUUUUCACGCGAUGCAAGGGAAAUACGGAAAACCUACCUUUUUCGUUGAUCGGCUCCUUGAAUGGAGUUCAUAUGUUCAGCAAAUCGCAACGCAUGGAAUUGCUGAGCACCGUGACGAAUGAUUACACUGUGGUUUGGAAGGAACUCUACGAUAGUUUGAUUUUCAUCGGUAUUGCAAGCGCAUGCACAACUGAGGCUCUGACACAAGUGAUAGAGUGUGCGGGCAGUGCAAUGGUCAUGGUCGUUGGAAUGGAUGAGAUCAUUGCACAGAGAAACAUUGAAAGACUAAAACGUGAAUUACGGGUGUGCUCACCAGUGAUUGAUAGAUUGUUAGACUGCUUGGAUUUUGGAGAUGCAAAUACAAAUCAAUCCACAAUAAGUAUAAGCGGCAUGGUCAAGACGAUACUAACACCUGAGAACCAUCUGAUAAAAAUCGUUUUGGACACGUUCACGGAAUGCAUCGAUUCGAUGUACAGCUGUGUGCUGAUACACGGUAAGCUGGCGGUGGCCACGGAUAGCUGGUGGACGUUGCACCCGACCGAGAUCAAACUUCUAUCACUGCUUGCGUCGGCCGAGGGAUCGAGCACCACGUCCAAAGACACACCCGUCUUUCUGCCGUUCAAGAGUCCUAAAGCGGCGUUCCGCUUCGUCACCUGCUCCCUUCUACCGGACGUUCAGGUGUGCUGUCUGUGCGGACCAGAGCAACAGCUGGAGGAGAUCGAGAACUCCGCCGCCUACUGCUUCAAGUCGACGAUGGAAAUCCUCGGCUCAGCGGUGCAAUGCCACCCGAGGAAUUUCCCAGCGACCAUCCAGUUGGACGCCGGCAUCCUGGGCGUGCUGCUCAUCAACGUCGAGUGCAGAAAGUACAUGAUGUCGAAAAAUCCGCAACCGAAGAGGAUCGUCAACGGAUCGCACCGCUUGGACAUUCUGAGAACGUUCUACUAUCAGGCGGUGCUCGACGUUCUGCUCAGUUUGAGGGAGGACGUGGAGUCGACGGUGGUGAAGGAGACGUACUGGUGCUCCGAGUAUCACAAGUGCUACGCUUUGAAGCAGCACGGGAACGUGCUGUGCGUGCUUUACAAUGCGAACGUUCCAACGAUGGUCAUGAGGUCUCUUACUCGAGCCACGCUGAAGGUCUUCAUGGCCGAGAAGCAGUUCUGCUGGUGAGUGCGAAGUUGUGUUGUGGGUCAU